GACUGGUGGCUGUGCCAUGGCACCUGUACGACGCGGUGGGGCCAAAGUGACCCACGGCGGCUCGUCGGCGGGGGCAGAGCCGGCACAGUCGCGGCGCCUGAACAGUAUAAAGAAGAAUCGAGUCCAUCAUGAAUCCCAGAGGAAAUGGUUGAAAAUUUCAUUUUUGGGAUCAUCUGGUCUACUUGCCAGUCUUUUAUUGUGGAGCUUUUUGAAUGGUGAUGAUGGUGUCACUGAAGUUCUGGCUCAUCAUAAUGAAAUUCUACAGAACAGGUUUAUUGAGGUGAUUUGUUCUGACGAUUAUGACAGUCACAAAAGAUUUGAAGGGUGUACACCUAGAAAAUGUGGCAGAGGCAUAACAGAUACAGUAAUCACCAGAGAGGAGGCUGAACAGCUCCGUCGUAUAGCUGAAAAGGGAUUGUCACUAGGAGGAUCUGAAGGAGGGGCUUCCAUCUUAGACUUACACUCUGGAGCACUUUCUUUUGGAAAGCAUUUUGUAAAUCUAUACAGAUACUUUGGGGCAAAAAUUCAAGAUAUCUUCUCAGAAGAGGAUUUUCAGUUAUACCGUGAUGUGAAGCAAAAAAUUCAACAUACAAUUGGUCAAGCUUUUGAUAUCAACAUUUCAUCCAUGUAUCUGACAAAGCCUACCUUUUUCUCCCGGAUAAAUAGUACGGAGGCCAAGACAACUCAUGAUGAAUACUGGCAUCCUCAUAUUGAUAAGACAACAUAUGGUUCCUUUGAUUAUACCUCAUUGCUGUAUCUCUCAGAUUAUAUGGAAGACUUUGGUGGAGGACGAUUUGUGUUCAUGGAAGAAGGUCUUAACAAGACUGUGGAACCUAGGGCUGGUCGAGUCUCCUUCUUCACCUCAGGUUCAGAAAAUCUCCAUCGGGUAGAAAAGGUUCAUUGGGGUACUCGGUAUGCAAUCACCAUCUCUUUCACCUGCAAUCCUGACCAUGGCAUUGGGGACCCAGCAUUCCUUUAAGAUAAGGGCCCAAUGAGUCCAAGGAAAUGUUACUUUGUGAGGAACAACAUUGGAGAAUCACCACCAUACACACAAAUUAGAAGUAAUAAAGUGAUAAAUUUGAAUGGUA